CGCCGGUGAGGCAGGAGUCAGCCCGCGCAGCAGUGAGCUAGGGGGAAACCGAAGUUCAGCGUGCAGUCAAACCGAAACCGACAACAGGGCUCAGAUAGGCAGCCGUGAUGUCCACGUCGGGCUUCGAGAAGAUCUCCACCAGCGACUAUGGAGAGUUCAGCCGGUGGAGUCGCCCCCUGUACCCGCACUCGGACCCGCGGACCCGAGACUGGUUCCUGCUGGGCAACCCCUUCUUUGUCACUCUGGCCGUGGGAUCGUACUUGUACAUCGUGUACCGUGCGGGACCCCGGUUCAUGGCCAGCCGCAAGCCUUACGAUCUGCGCGGCGUCAUCAAGGUCUACAAUUUGGCCAUGAUCCUGCUCAACAGUGUGUUUGGCUACAUCUUCUUGAAGAACACUUAUUUGGGCGGCGACUAUAACCUCUUCUGCCAGGGCAUGACGUACGCGACGGACCAGAAAUCCUUGAACAUUCUCUGGUGGGGAUACUUCUACUUCUUUGUGCGCGUUGCCGACUUCAUGGACACCUUCUUCUUUGUGCUCCGCAAGAAGUACAACCAGAUCACACUGCAACACACGCUGCACCACGCGCUCGUCGUGGCUAACGGCUGGCUCUGGUACACGCUAGGGGGCGAUGGUCAGUCGGCAUUCGGCGGCAUCAUCAACUGCUUCAUUCAUGCCAUCAUGUAUGGCUACUACUUCCUGGCAGCCUGUGGUCCCGAGUACCGCAAAUACCUGUGGUGGAAGAAGUACCUCACGCGUGCACAGAUUGCCCAGCAUAUCGUAAUCAUCAUUCACGGACUCAUCCCGCUGUUCUACGACUGCGGAUACCCGCGGUUCUUCAUCUAUCUGGCCCUUCCGCAGGGUUUGCUUGGACUUGCGUUAUUUCUCAGAUUUUACGUGGCCGCUUACAGGAGGAAGUCGGCCAUGGAAGCUGCUGCCGCAAAAAAACUGUCCAUGCUCAAAGAAGACUAAACUCCAACUACCGCGACAUGCCUCCCAGGAAGCGCAGCACCGGUGGUUUCGACGAACCAUCGUGCGCUCUCCGCAUGUCGGCGCCUCGAAAUCGCAAAUGGCCUCCUAGAAGCUGAACAAGCAAGGCGUCGCCCUAGCGAAUUUGCUGCCCUGGUAAAGAUAUAUUGAAGUAAAUCUCAAGAGCAAGUUUAUGGAGAGGUUCUUGUGAAACAGCAGCAUGCACUUGGCUGUCCAGCUCACCAACGUUGCGCCUCUCGUUUUUCCAAGAAGACCGGAAUACUACAACGUCACCUUUCUGACGGCUAUCCCUUCUUUCAGUGUCGCAGCCGACUUCAUGUAGCCUGGGUGUGCGUGUGUGUUUAUGAGUACCUUCGCUGUAUGCAAAAAAAAAAUGUUCAGUGUGUUUCCUGGACGCAGGUGCUUUUCAACUUGACCGUGCAAAAAGCUCUAUACAACAUAAGGUGACACGUCGAGACCUGCAAUAGAUUUAACAGAGACCUCAUCGGAGAAAGCUGGGAGCAUUGAAUGCCGGCACGUAGGAGUUCUUGUUCGUCGCUAGAGAAGACCAUAAGGAAAAAGAAAAUAAUCGUUCUUCGUGCGUUUAUACUUGGCGUCCAAAAUGGCGCCAUUGAAGUGAGAUUUCGCGAAGCAUUUCAAGACAUCUCAUGGUGCAUGCCAGGGAGCUACCGGCUACAGGCUUCAAUGGGGUCCCGCAAAAGAGAUUUCUUUAAUCGAUGUCGGAGAUGCAUGGUGCCACAGUAUGUGACGCAAGGAGCCACAGCUCCUACUCUACGGAAACCCCGGGAGAACGUGAGCACGCACUCGUACAAGCUGUAGUCUAGCCGCGCAGCUUUGUUCCAAAGUCAACGCUCGAGAAUUUUGUGCCCUUGAUGACUGCGAAUGAAUUCCUUGAGGGUGGACUUUUCCGAUGCGGAUGCAACUAGGUGAGGGCGAAGUCUAAGCAGAGCUUGUCGUUCUACUCGUUGCAGCGUAGACUCUGAAAACGCGCGCACAGUGACGGACUGAAUCGUGGAAAGGGCCAACAGCGUACCAGGGUGUCCUUAAGGUGCGCGGAGGAGGCGACCGCUCACCGUGCCCUUACUUUCAUCUUCUUCGGCAUUGUUUUCUUGUGCCUCAAAAAAGGAAGCGGCAAACAAGCUACAAACGAACACGUGACGAUGAGAAGCUCCGCAACACAAAGCCCCUCGGAACCCGAAUGCAGCGGCGUCUUCGUAGUGGCGGAGGCCCGUACGGGGCGCGGUGGUUCCGUGGCCGGCCCGCGCCGCUCUUCCUAAUUGCAAAUGCGCGCCGCGUUGUUCGCCUCUAAAAGAAAAGAAGAAAGCGCGGACGAGCCAAGCGGAGCGAGGCGGCGCGCCGUUCACGUAAUCGUGGAGACGUGCAGGUAGGUGCCCCGCGCCUCGCCCGAGGCACUACACGUUACGAGUGCGCGCUCCGUUCGUGUUUUUUUUUUGCGCCUUUUUCCUCGACUCUGCUCUAACGGUCAUUCGUUGCGGCGGUGUGAACGCGCCAUAGCGACCCGCGGAUGUUGCGGCGUCUUUGUUUCCGCGCGGAACAUCAAGAACACGAUGCACCGCCAGUGCUCCGUUUCCCUUUUUUCUUCCGCUGCGCUUCUUGGCUGGAACCCUCCCCACCCCCCGUUCAUUUUUCUUUCGGUAGCACGCCGAUUGGCUCAGCGAAUUUCCUUCUCAGGCUUAAGUCCUUCAGAAAUCCCUGUAGUCAUG